UCAUGCAAACAGAACAAUGUGAAGGAAUAUGUAAGGGCAUUUUUUCCAAGGCAGAUUUCUAACACGCAGCAACGGCUGGCUCUACCGUGGAUAGCAGAGCAUCAUUACUUUGAUAACUUUGAAUGCUAUGGAAGUCAACUGUACUCGUUCUGGCACCCAAUGGCCAACCAACUUCUGGAAUGAAAUACUAAUAGCCUUUUCAGUUUCUGUGGUCAUUGGACUUGUAAUUGGAGGCAUAAUCUGGGCCUUGCUGACCUGCCUGUCCAGCCGCCGAGCUAGCGCACAUAUUUCCCAGUGGAACGCCUCCUCUUCCAGACGACGUUCCAGGCCUCCUCAUGGAUGUGCUGCCAACAGGCCAGGAUUUUACCGUAACAGCAGCUGUGAACACCGCAGCAACCUCAGCUUAGCCAGCCUUACCUUCCAAAGGCAAGCUUCCUUAGACCAGGCCAACUCCUUCCCAAGAAAAUCAAGUUUCCGAGCCUCCACAUUUCACCCCUUUCUUCAGUGCCCUCCACUUCCUGUUGAAACUGAAAGUCAGCUGAUUACCCUGGUUCCCACCAGCACCACCACCACCCUUACUGCGAGCAACACCAGCAGCCUCUCUCGUCCUGAAUUCCAGUGGUCCAACAACAGCCUCCGUGCCUGCCACUCAACGCAAACACCCCCUCCUGCCUAUGACUCUAUCAUAAAGGCCUUUCCAGACUCUUGACUCCAGGCUCCGUGGUAUCAUACACAGAAAGGGUUUCUGAUCCAUGAUUUUCCCUGGGAAGACACCCAUAAAGCAGGAAGGACCGGCAGCCCAUCAUGGUGUCUACACAGCCUAUAGAAGCACAUGACUUGCCCAAGUGAUACUGUCGAUGGGGGUGUCUCCACAAGAGGGAUUUCACCCAUGGCUUCACCAAGGGCUCACUUCUCAUUUCCUUUGUGGGUUGAAGAGUGUGUCCUUUGCAUGCAAUCCCUUCCCCCAAGGAGUUUCUUUCUCUGCCCUCCUAUAUGUUCUAUUACAUAGCCACCAAGUGCCGCUGCGGUAUAGUGCCAUUCUGAAAAAUGCAUGGCCAUUUGGUAGGACAUCCUAGUGCAAAGGAAAUAAGGGCUGGUGUUCCUUGUUCUAAAAAAAAAGUUGGAAAACACAGCAGAAGCCCUGAAGGUGAGGAUGAUGUGUCAAGCUCCCUUCUGUUAGUUUGGGCUCAUGAGCAGACCAUAAAUGUGCCCUGUUGAAAAGCUGUCAGAGGUCGAAUAGAUCAGAGUGAAAUGUGGGGAGCCAUCAGUUCUAAGGCCCUCUUCACACUACUUUGAGUGGGAUGGGAAUAAUCAAGCCAUAUCUUACUGAGGAUACAAAGCUAGGAACAGAUCUCCUUCUAUUACUUGUGGUGGAAUCCUUCACCUUCAGAACUUCCUUUGCUCGCUGAGAGUGUUGAUUUUCCCAGCAAGCUCCUCCCCACCCCACCACUUGUUCACCCACUGGCAAUGUGGUCAUUGGGCAGCAAGAUCUACAGGAAUUCUCCAGUACAACUGAAGCUUCAAAAUGGGUUAGUUUCAUCAUUUGCGAGGGCUAGGAACCUUCAUGUAAACAUCUACUUCAAAUCAGUCAGAUGAAGGAUGCGACCCUAGACAUGCUUACUGGGAGCAGGUCCAUUGGCUUCUGAAGGCUUCUGAAUUGUUCUUGAAGAAUCAUUUUGUGGAGCCAAACAUGGAUGUUUAUAUAGGUGUGAGUGGUACCUCUAGGCCCUUCUUGCCUUCUUAGAUGUUCUGCAUGAAACAGAAAUGGAGUUUACGGGAGGCAAGCAAAUGCCAGGCCUUUGAUCCUGCUUCUAUUUCUCAACAAGUCCGUUGAAUCGAUCAGAACAGAAUGGCGAACAAGGCUUUCUGCAUAACACAUACCCACAGUUAAUAGUGGAAACAAUCAUGAAAGAAGUAAUUUUGAGUGGCGCUGUGCUUUGUAAUAGAGCUUAUAUAAGAUAUUAUUCCAUGCAUAUAACAUUCAUUUUCAUAAACAAGAUAUGAUAAGGCAUUAUAUACUGUGCUCUUUCCUUUGCUACUAUCUGCACUGGAUACAUGCAGAGGUGUGUGUGCUAUUCAAGUUAGGGAAACUGUAACAUAAAUUCUUUGGUCUGUUACCAUUUGUGAAGUCAGCAGUUUGUUGGUCUAUGUUUAAACAAUGGCUGUUUGUAAGCAUUGUGGAAAUGCUGAGACUUAAAAUAAAAUCAGAAACCAGGA